UACAGCGGGGGACGAUGCACAGUUGGGAAAAUGAGUCGAUAACUGGGCUCGACUUGUUUCUGUCAUGCUUCCGGCGAAACAACUUACCAUUCAUAACAAGGCUUUGGAGCCGUACUGGCCGUUCUAGUGUCCAUCGGAGUAUUAAAUUAACGUCCAUAUUGUGAUUCAAGUCAGCGGUAGAGUACUAGAAGAGAAUUAUUAUGAUCGAGAGACGACUAGAAUAUCAGCUGGAAGAUAUAUCAUCCCAUACUCAAAGAAUAGAACCAUAUAUACUUCACGAUGAGUAUAUAAGCUGCAUGUGUGUAGUAUUAAGAAUUGGUCCUGGAGGGACCUGGACCGCUCUGUAUGGAUGCUUGGGAUAUAUCUUUGUGUUUAUCUCACGAUUCGGACCGCGCAGUGAGAAAAAGAAGCUCCCCGGCAGGCCCCCGUGUACCCCCGUGGAAUGCAGGAAUUGUGUUCCGAACCUUUGGAGUCGUUGUAAGAUGAAGCCCGCGAGCCAAUCCGAUUACGUAGCGGUUAGUCGCCCGCCGCACGAGUGGAGAGCCUCGUCCACUCACCAUCACUUGAACUUAACAACAUCCUCAAUUUUGCCAGCUGUCGCAUCCCCGGUCCCAGCAACCGCCCCUAGGCCUUCUUGGUCUGUUCUUAGAUCCACGGCCAACAAUAUUCGUUUCUUCGCUGCGCAAAUCUCCCCGACACGGAGUCUCGAACUGCCGCCCAAUCUCACCGACCGUCCGCGAUCGCCCACCGUGCAGCCAUGUUCCCUGCCCCGUCACUCUAAUUCGACGCACAAUUGAAUCCCGUGGCAGAAUACCUCCAGCAGCAUAUGAUUACGACCUCCUGCCCCGUGCCAUCCCCGCCGCCCGCCGCUGCCAGCC